CCGGUUUGUGUGUGAAAGGCGGAACAAGAGGCCCAACGGAGGGGAACAAAGGACGAUUGAGUGAGUUAACCAAUAUGGAAAUAGCCUCCUCUACUUAGCCAAGUCUCCAGCCACGAUGUCAAAACGACCAUCCUACGCCCCUCCCCCUCCCCCUGCCCCAACAACACAAAUGCCUUCCACCCCAGGGUUUGUGGGCUACAACCCUUACAGCCAUCUGGCCUACAACAACCUCCGGCUGGGAGGGAGCUCCGGAGGCUCCAGCAGGAACUCCUCAGGCGUCACGGUCCCAAAGCCUCCCAAGCCUCCAGACAAGCCACUGAUGCCUUACAUGCGGUACAGCCGGAAGGUAAGCAGGAAGGUAUGGGACCAAGUGAAGGCAUCUAAUCCUGACCUGAAGCUAUGGGAGAUUGGAAAGAUUAUCGGAGGGAUGUGGAGAGACCUGACAGAUGAGGAGAAACAGGACUACCUGAACGAGUAUGAAGCUGAGAAGAUCGAGUAUAACGACUCUCUAAAGGCCUACCACAACUCACCAGCCUACCUGGCCUACGUCAACGCUAAGAACCGCGCAGAGGCCGCAAUGGAGGAGGAGAGCAGACAGAGGCAGAGUCGUAUGGACAAAGGAGAGCCUUACAUGAGCAUUCAGCCCGCCGAAGACCCUGAUGACUACGAUGACGGUUUUUCGGUGAAGCACACAGCAGCCUCUCGCUUCCAGAGGAACCAUCGGCUCAUCAGUGACAUCCUCAGUGAGAUUGUGGUGCCAGAUGUCCGCUCGGUGGUCACCACGGCCCGCAUGCAGGUCCUGAAGAGGCAGGUCCAGUCUCUCAUGGUGCACCAGAGAAAGCUGGAGGCAGAACUCCUCCAGAUUGAGGAUCGCCACCAAGACAAGAAAAGACGUUUCCUGGAGACCACCGACUCAUUCAACACUGAACUGAAGCGGCUGUGCAGUCAGAAGGUGGAGGUGGACAUGGACAAGCUAGCAGCGGAGAUGGCUGCGGCUGAAGAGGCGGCCAGGCGGCGGGCGGAGGAGAGGGAGCGUGAGGCGGCCGAGCAGGCGGAGAAAGCUGCCCAACAGGCGCAGCAACAGGAGACUGCUGGAAACAAAGCUGCAGAGCAGGGCAGUGCUAAUGCUAGCAGCCCAGCUCACCCAACCUCAGGGACCAAGGAGGAGGACAAGCCCACACCCAUGGAGACAGGUAACCACACUGUUUUAAGCGCACAAAGCUCUUCACAAGCUGCCUCCCAGUCACCCAUUCAAACACCGAUGGCGGCAGAUCUGCCCGGCAAGGCGCCGGCCGGCACAUUGGGAGCCAGACAGGAGUCUGGGAUCAAACCGCCAACCUGA